AUGUCUGAUUGCAUUGAGAUCUGCUACAUGAAACCUAAAGCUAAGGAAACCGGAAGAAUGAAUAGUUCAAGGCACCGUCCGUUACACACUUGUGGACUUUCCAUCUUAGUCAUUGUUGAUAUUGUCAUAGGAAAAACCCAACGUAUCAAUGGACCAUUAGGUUCAACGUUGAAAAGGGUAACGAAGUUAGCCAAAUUCGCCGUGCCCCUUAUCUACGCCAUGCAAAUCUAUUGGCUUACAAUUCUCUCCUUCAUCGAUGAUGCCAUUCUAGCAAUUGAAAAAGUUAUAGAGAAACUGUUUCCCCAUUCAAAACGUGUGUUCGAUAAAGUUGAUGAAAUUGUGGUAAUGAUAGUGUCCUUUCCCGAGAAAUUUGAAGGUGCAAUGAACAAGUUUCCUACAAUAAUCCAUGAGUUCCCCUUUCUGAAUCGGGCACUGACCCUUGUGAUCUCAAGGUGGAACACAAGAACCAUAGGUGUUGAUAGGAGUUAUAAUGACGGGUACAUGGAUUUGGAAAACUUUCCUCCUAUAAUAUCAGAGUGUGAAUAUAAAGGGAUUCAUGACAUUGCAUUGCAGAGUCUCGUAAAAGGGUCAUACAAGGAAGCUUUGGAGAGAGGGAAAGAAGAUGAUGACCCACAAGAGAACAUGGAGAUAGGGUGUGAUAGAUAA